GUGCACCAUAGUGAUUUUACAGCGGGACAAGUAUUAAUAUUAGUCGACAUUAGUCACUGCUCACUGAUAUUUUUCAUUGUAGUCAACAACACAUAGGAACACAGUGAUAUACAUCCUUGAUUAGAAUGUAUGGUAACGUAGAAAUAGAAGGUUCGCGGUGAUAAGCGAUAAAAGUGAGAAGAGCAUAGAAUGAGAAGCAGCAACAGAAUGAGAAUUUUCUGUAAAAGUUUAUAUUCUGGAAAAUGACAAGCAUGGAAGAUGAUAUCGAUAUUUAUGAAGAUUUGCGAAGUUUCGAAACAACGCAUAAUGAGAACUUCAUCUCAAACAAUGAAGAAAAAAUCGUAGGCGAACAAGUGCAAUUGAAGAAACAUAUUGCAGAACUGAUGGUGAAAUUAGAGAAUUCCCAAAAGGUGAAUAAAAAUUUGGAAAUUAAUUUAUUUUCAUUAUUGAAAACUGCGAAAGCAGAAAUUGCGCGAAAAGAUAAGAUGAUAGACGAAUUAAAGAAAAAUCUAGACGAUGUAACAUUCAAAAGGAGCAUACAUUCUAAACCUAGCAAUUACAUUGCUCAUAAAUCUGCUUUUUGUGAAACUAGUAUAAAUAUGCAUCACAAAUUGCCAGAUGUUUGUUUAUUUCCUAAUGAAACUGGUUUGGAUGUAUCACUGGUGGAAUCCACGUACAGCCGAACCAACAAAGAACAACAAAGUAAAUCCACUUUAAUGCCUGUUACUACUGUCUUUGGUGAGCGAUUACUUAAAAGAAUGGUGGAUGAGCAAAAUUUAGAAAAAAAAGAUAAACAGUUGAGUAAGUCAAAUGGCAGUAAUAACGCAGUUAGCGAGAACAUCGAAGGAUACGUAAUCGAAAGUGAUAAAGAAAAUGGUUCGUUAGGCGAUACUAAUAUUUGCAAUACAAAGGAAAUCCAAUCUUCUGCGAUAGCGCAGUACAAAGGAAACGAACAUUUAAAAAAAAAUUUAGCAACAGUACCAAAAAUUACAUCGAAAGAUUUGCAUAUGAACAACAAGAACAACAACAAGAGUGAGAUAAAUGGCAGAUUUGAUCGAAGAUCAACGCUUAUCGGUAAUUACAGUGGGAAAAGAACGAGCGAAGAUGCAAAUCGUCAUAUUCCUGUAAAACGAAAGAAAUCUAACGCUGAUGAAUGUUUCUCUGAAUCACUAAAGAGAGAAACAGAAGGCAGCACAGUGUUGGAAGCCAAAGAGAAGUAUACGUUUCCUCCUUCCCGAUGCGCCAACGUCGAAUCUUCCGGUAAUUUUAGGUGGUACAGUCGGAGCUCGAGCAUGGAAGUGAAAAAGCACAGUUACUUUACAGACAACACUAAUAAGAAGGAAGAGAGGAAAGAUUCAAAAGAUAAGAACGUCAGCGACGCAUCAAUCGCGACAUGCGAGAAAAGAGAGGCAACCGCACGUUCUUCAAAACGGCAUAACAAAUCUACUGAAAAUUCUACUUUAGAGGAAAGAAACGGUGGUUAUCGUGGUUGCGUUGAUACUGUUCUCAAGAGGGACGAUUAUCGAGUUAAUCACAGUGAACGUCAUAGAGGAGGUAAGCAAAGGGAGUAUCAUUAUACCGAGGAUUAUCGAUCGCGUGUCAAAUCAGCGUCGUAUGCAAAGUGCCGGGGGGAGAAAUACAGUAGAAAUCAGUAUAACAAGCAUACCACUACCACUACCACCACCACCGCCACCAGUUACGAAGAAAGAUUCGAGAAACGUUAUAAUUUCCGAAGAGCCAGAGUUCCUUCGGAUAAAUUGAAACACCUGUCUAAGAGAGAUUUCUCUAAUGACCAUGGCACGAGCAAACAUUCGGCGAUCGAUCGAAUUUCGAUGGAUCAAAAGGCCGGUGAUGUGAAAAGAGACGAUCAUUUCAAUGAAUAUGAUUCGUCAGAACGAAGAUUGAAGAAAGGUGUCGAUAAAACGAUUAAAAGGGAAAAGAAGCAAACCGUCGAAUACAACAAGCAUUCACAUCGUAAGUUUAGCGCAGAGAAACUUAGCGAGCAUUCAAAGCAGACUUCGGUUUCGGGACGAAGCGUUAAAAAGGACGAUUUUGUGAUUGAACAAAUCAAUAAUGUAACCCCGGAAACAGAACACGAGCUCGGAGUGGACGAGGAAUUACGAAAGUACGCCGAAGAGGAAUUGCUAGAUUCAUGGACGGAGUUGGAAGACGGAGAAAUUUCAAGCACUUCGAACAGCGUAACGCGCGCAAACGAGAAACGUCGCGAAGGAUCGAAAGAUCAGCGAUGCGAACUGCCACUCGAAGAAUUGGUAGAUAACAAUAAUGCUGCAUCGGUAACAAGCCUGAAAUGUGACACAACAAAGAUCGAAACGGUGGAAUACGGAUCAGAAGUACCUAUUAACACUAAUCUAUCAAAUACUGAUGAUGUUGUAUCUUUCGCAAUGGAGCGGAAAAGUUCUGAAAACAUGGAGAAUGUCGAGAAUGUUGAAAACAUUGAAAAAUUUAUUCGCGAUUAUACUUCGAAAAACGAUAAAGUGUCCAAAAUGAUAUCGGUAACGUCGGAAACGAUACCUGUAUCGCACGAUACGCUAGCAAAUGCUGGAGUAACGAUACAAAACGAUACUAGCGCCCUAAACGAAGAUUCUUCUAACUGUGUAGAAGCCCCCGCGGAAUGUUGCGCGGUGCUGACAUCGAACGGUAUCAACAUCAAGAUCGUUUCUUUCGAUGAAAAUCCUAAAACGAAUAAGAAACCCCUAACAAAAAUUGGAAACCCAGGGAAUUUUCUCAGUUAUCAUGAUGACAAUGAUGCCGAUGUUGGUGCUGAUCGUCUUGCUGUUCAGGAGGACGAACAAGCAGAACGAACGAUAUCUUUGAAACAUGGAAUAGACGAUCGUCGGUCAUCUAACGAUAAUCCAACCACGGAACUAUACAUGGCAACGGAUCAAUCCAAGUCGGAGAAUAUCGUGAAAGAAUAUCAUGUUCCACGAAACAUGUGCGACCUUCCCUCUACGAUUCUCCUCGAAUCGUCUAUAAAAACGGAUAAGAGAAACAACAAUGAUAACAAUGUAGACAUCGCUACUAACGAUGACACUGGAAACAACCGCGAUAAUAAUACUUGCAAUGACCGUACCAAGGGUAUAAUUAAUGAAAACCGAAAUUCCGAGGACGACAGAUUAACGACGCCAAUGACAGUGACAAAAAGCGAAUAUAAAAAUACAAUCGUUAGAAUGGAAACGAUACGAGAGAAAGAAAUGCGUAAACUCGUGGUGGAAAGAGGAGAAACACGACUACAAGAAAUUGAAGUAUCGCAAAGUCGAAAUCAAAAUAAAAAUACCGCGAAAAAUAUAUCGAUAAAUGUUCAUGGAAAAAUAGUUUUGUACGCGCGUCGCAGAAAACCCGUAUGCUUGGCAAACAAUAACGCAAAUAUGACUGUCCUCAUAAAUAACAAAUCCGAUGCUAAGGUCCAUGCAUCCAGUACGAAGGACGCAACGAUGGUAUAGAAUUCUGUUUUAAAAAGUCGUAAGAACAAUCGAUCGUGAUACUAUGAUAAAGAUGAGUUAACCGAUCGUUAAAAUUAAUAAUAAGCUGAAUUGAACUGGUCUGUACUUGGCGAGGGGCAAAUAUGUAUUCUGGUUUAGCAACGUUUCAAUAUUACCCUGGUUAUUUAACUGGAACAACAGCAACAACAACAAGAUACAUUCAUAAAAACGUAAAAUUCGUGUAACAGGUUCCGCGUUAAAAUAUAUCGACAUUAAAUAUUAAUGAAGUUCCUACUAUUAUCAUUACCAGUGCUGCUAUUGCUGUUACAGCUACUAUUACUACCAACAUCAUCAUCGUCAUCACGUCGUCACCGUUACCACCCACUA